AUGCAGGUCCCAAAAGAAGAGGAAGAAUUUUUAAGAGUUGUUGUUAUAGGGGACUCAGCUGUUGGCAAAACAUCUAUCAUUUCGAAACUAGUAUGCGGCGAAUUCUCUGAAUCAGAAAAAACUACAGUUGGCGCGAUGUUUGUGUUAUAUACUAUAAAAUUAGACGAAGGCGAUGUUCAAAUACAGUUAUGGGAUACAGCUGGACAAGAAAGGUUUAGAUCUCUAGGUCCACUUUAUUAUAGAAAUGCAAAAUGCGGAUUAAUUGUAUUCGAUUUUACUAAAAUAGACACAUUUUUAAAUUUAGAUACAUGGAUUAAUGCAUUUACUUCGGUGGCAGGAUCCGAUGUCUCUGUUGUAAUUGUAAGAAAUAAAUUUGAUUUAGUUUCAGAUAGACAAGUUUCAGAUUUAGAUAUACAAGCUUUCCUCGAAACACAUAACUACCCAUUCUUUGCUACUUCAGCCACAGAUAAUGAAAGUAUCCAACAGCUUUUCAAGCGAGUUGGUUUAGAAUUAUACAAAAAGAGAGUAUCACUCAUGAAUGCUAAUGAACUUAAUUCAAAAUUACAAGAAAAAACAAAAUAUUCUUGUUGUUAG